UGACAAGACGCAUGAAAGGCAGACGGCGCAUGUCGCAGUCUAACCACUAUGAUUGCGUCCCUUUUGAGAACCCAAGGAGGUUCUAUUUUGUGAGCUAUGUUUAAUAACUAUGUCAUGUUUUCAUAAGACUUUGUACAAUAAAUUCGAUGCAUUUUUCGAAAGUGCAACGAAUAAUUUGCUUGAGUCGCGAGGUCCAACACGCAUCAACUUCACGAAUACUCGACAAUAUUCCAUAAAAUUUCAUAAAACUGUAAACAUUAUAAGUUUUGAUGUUCAACCAUCAGUGUUUUCGCAUCCGCAGCCUGCACAUCGUGAAGCUUUUUCCAUGGUUGUUUGUCAAUCGUCUGCUAGAAAUGUAUGGACGCGGUCGUGACCGCCUCAAUGUGACGUACUAAAAUUAUUCGCUCUCGUCCACUUGCUGUAUCGAGCGUUUUUUCGUAAUAUGGCUCUUGGAUGCUAUUUGAUGAGAUCACCAAAAAUAGUUGUUGAGCCACCAAAAUUAACGGAUCGGGGCCCACCAUACAGUCUCAAUCAGCACAUGAACGAGUCGAGCGUGUAAAAGAGCUCCAGUUUCAUAGUGAUAUGAUUGCACCGGGGAAAACCAUGAAUGUUCAGUGGCAAGAAUCAACGCACGUCUAUCAGCCGAGCUAUCUCUACCACUACCAUAUUUAAAUGAGCUGAUCGGCUCGUUGCCCACCGAAGAUUCGGUUUUGCUACUGUAGCAUGUAGCUUCACAGCAGUGAUUCAGGUGGUCUUGGACUCGGGCGUUCUCGUAAAUUUAAGACUAAUACAAUAGUGUGAUAUCCUUCUUCAACCAAAUUCUAAGCUUAUUACCCCAACCCACAAA